AUGCCGAAAAAUCUGCGACCCCCAACGUCGACAGGCGCGUACGGACGCAUUGGGUUGGUGCCGGAAUCGGAUGAUUCGCUCCACAGCCAGGAGGUGGAACCCCAGGUGACGGAGGCAUCGCUGGAGGUAUGGCGCGCGCUUCCGGCCGCCAUCCGCCAGGAUCCGAGCCUGGCCUCCUUCCGGCAGGAGCACGAGCGAUUACAUGGUCCAGACGAAGACCCGCUCCCGAACGAGGACGUUUCGGCGGACGAUGGCGACGAUAGCAACAGCAAGGAGUUCAUCACGAUCAAGGUCACCAAUCCGGACGCGACCUUGGAAGAUGGCAAGGCGACGUCGGAAGCGGUGGCGGUGAUGGAACAGAGCGAAAAGAAUGGCCAGAACGUGACGACAGACGGUGAAGGGGAUAAUGGGCACGAGACGACGAUGGGUAGCCAUCAUGAGCAUGGAAAGCUGUUCAGCUACGUGAAGGUUGGCACCCUGUUCGUGGUGUGGCUCAUUUUCACCGGCUUCCUGAUGUCGAAGCACGAGAAAGAGCUUACACCGCGACAGCUAUCCGUUCCGGAGGGAUCCUACAGAACGUACGUACUACCGGAAACUACACCUGGUUCCCGGAUCGGGAUCUACCUGAAGGGUGCCUUUCUCAGCGAUCAGCAGCACAACAACACGGUCACGUACGUGUCCGUCAACCUGCAGCUGCUCUACCUGCACAGCAAUAGUUCCAAUUUCAGCCUUCACUCGGACCACGACGUGAAGUACACUGAGAACAUUGGGAAAGUGUGGCAACUACCGAUACCGAGCUCACUCGAGACGAUCGAUCAGAUGGAUGAGUCAAGCCGCAAGCACGUGUUCGACAUCGGUCCAGUGAAUCACCAGAAGGUGGUGAACGGGAAAGCGGUCGUACGGGUGCGCAUGUCCUCCAACCUGGACGCGGACUUCCCGACUAAGUUCACGUUCGAUCCGACCCCGAUGGACACGGAGACGGGCGUAAUCUACGCCGCGGUCGUGCUGCUCGGUCUGUACGUGCUGAUCAUCUGGGAGAUCGUACACCGGACGUUUGCGGCCAUCAUUGCAUCGACUUUGGCCAUCGGUGUACUUGCUGCGAUGAAUGAACGACCCAGCAUGCCCAAGCUCAUCUCAUGGAUCGAUGUUGAGACGCUGUUGCUGUUGUUUGGAAUGAUGAUCCUGGUGGCGAUCUUGUCCGAGACGGGUAUCUUCGAUUUCCUCGCCGUGUACGCGUAUCAGGUGACGAAUGGUAAGGUGUGGCCGUUGAUCAACUGCUUGUGUAUCUUCACGGCGAUACUGUCGUCUUUCCUGGACAACGUUACGACGGUGCUGCUCAUGACACCGGUAACGAUACGACUUUGCGAGGUGAUGGAACUCAACCCGGUGCCGGUGUUGAUGUCGAUGGUUAUCUACUCGAACGUCGGUGGCACUCUAACACCGGUUGGUGAUCCUCCGAACGUGAUCAUCGCUUCGAACGGACAUAUCGCGAAAAACGGAGUCAACUUUGCCACCUUCACGCUGCACAUGGCCAUCCCGAUCUUCUUCGUCAUGAUCACGACCUACUUCCAGCUGCGCAUGAAGUUCAAGAACAUCAACGAUCUGCGUUUCAGCGAGCCGCAGGAUGUGCAGGAGAUCCGACACGAGAUCGCGGUAUGGCAGCGUGCGGCCGCAUCCCUGUCGUCGUACUCGAAGGACGAAGAUUUGGUGCGCGAAACGUUACUCAAGAAGGUCAAUCGGUUGUCGCGUUCGCUGAAGAAGAAGCUCGUCACUGGAUCUGUGCCGGUUGAGAGCUAUAAGGCUACGUUGGAGGAAAUGCGUCGCAAGUACCCAAUUCGCAGCAAGUCACUGCUGGUGAAGUCGGCCUUCACGCUGGCGUUCGUGAUCACGUUCUUCUUCCUGCAUUCGGCCCCAGACAUUCAAAAGCUCUCGCUUGGCUGGACGGCCCUUCUCGGUGCUCUACUUCUGCUGAUCCUCGCUGAUCGGGAGGACAUUGAGUCGGUCAUUGCACGCGUCGAAUGGUCCACGCUGUUGUUCUUCGCCGCUCUGUUCAUCCUGAUGGAAGCCCUGGCCGAGCUCGGGCUGAUCGAUUGGAUUGGCAAGCAGACGGAGAACGUCAUCCUGUCCGUGUCGGAAGAAUCUCGUCUAGCGGUCGCCAUUCUCAUCAUUCUAUGGGUAUCCGCGUUCGCAUCCGCCUUCGUUGACAAUAUCCCACUCACCACAAUGAUGGUGAAGAUUGCCAUCGGUCUUGCCGAGAAUGAGACGCUCGAUCUACCGCUUCAACCGCUCGUUUGGGCACUAGCGUUAGGAGCUUGUUUAGGAGGAAACGGCACACUGAUCGGAGCCUCCGCCAACGUAGUAUGUGCCGGUGUUGCCGAGCAGCACGGUUAUAGGUUUACCUUUAUAGAAUACUUCAAGGUCGGUUUCCCAGUGAUGGUCGGUAGCGUGAUCGUCUCCACUGUCUACCUUAUGUUCGCACACGUCGUCUUCACCUGGCAUUAAACCACGCCACGUCGCGGCUCGUAGCGAUCCAACCCAUCCCGAAACACCCAAACUCCCAUGUUACUUCCGCUUCCGGUCACCGUUCGACGGUAGCGGCCACACUGAAGCGUGUUGCCAUUAUUAGCGUGUCCUGCAAUUACCCUCUCGUACGGUUGCGAUCGCUGGGUGAUCGCCCAGUGGUACAGAAGCACCGAAACCGGGGUUUGAUCGGAUCGGUCCGAGAUGUUUAUGUGAUAGUUUCCGGGCAGACAGGCAUUUGUUUCCACUCGCCCAAUACCAGGACACCAGACACCAACCCCAACCUGAACCCGAAACCGACCACAAUCCUCCCGCUGCAUCCAUGCCGAA